AUGGCCGAAGACCUCGAGUCAAUCAGCUCGCCAGAUACAGAAAUCAUUGACCAUGUGGUCAAAAAAGUUCUUUCAAACUACACAAUUGACGAAGAGAUCUUGUCCCAGUGGCUGACUGAGCUAGCGGACGUGGUCAACGACCCACCCCAUUUGGUGUCUGCGAUUCAAAAUACAGUGAUAAUCCUGUUGCCUCUUGAGAACAGAUACUUUGAAAAGAGUCACCAAGUUGAAUGGUCAAAGUGCAUAUCAAUGCUCAAUAAACUAGAUACAGAGGUCUAUGGUGAUUUUAAACAAGUCAUGUACGAGCUCUUGGUCCAGGCGAUCCGCUCUUACACUGCUAGACUUCAAUUGCACUCAAUUGGUGUUACUGAUAUGCUUAUAGCUGACUAUCUUGGCAAUCUCGACGAUGCAUACCUUCAGCAGAAGACCGUGCUUCUAUCUAUGAUGAUAGAGGUAGGGUGCUCGGUCAAAAACCUCAAAGCACUACUCGCCCCGCUCCUUUUGAGCUCAGCCAAAUUCAAAGCUUCCCACAAAGCAGUGUUGCUCGAUUUGCUCACAUUCAUCGCUCGAGAAUUUCCUUCCCAUUUCUCGUCACUCACGUUCAAUAGCUUUCGGAAUAAGAACCUACUGCUUCCUUUAGUCAGAGACUUCGAGUCAAAAGGAUUCACGAUACUGAGCUGGUUUAAGGUAGAAAUUCCCAUUCCUAAUGAGGAGAUGGACGAAUUUACUGUGAUACCGCUCUUCCUGCUUGACUCCUCCAGCAAUGCUUCAACGUCUAUCCGUAUUCAAUUGUUAAAUUACACGCAGUUCAUGGUCGAGGUCAUUGAUACAUCGACUGGGUCAAGGAUGCAGUUUUCCUUCAACCAACAUCUAGAUCUACUGAGCAGCGCCAAUCAAGGCUUCACAAUGUUCACCUUGACGUUCGAUUCCUUGCACAACAUCAAUCUCUUUAUCAAUGGUCAAAAAAGCGAGUCGAUACCAUGCUCCUCUCUCACCAAAAAAAUUUCUACCUGGAACAAACUAUAUAUCGGAGUUCCUUCAUCAGACGAAUAUCCCGCUCACAAAAUCAGGGAUGAGCUCCGGAUAAAAGACCUCAUCGUUCUUGACUGCCCAAUGAACGAGCAGUGGGUAUUGACUUUGUAUGCCUUGGGGGUAAGCUUCAACUGGAACCUGAAAAAUCUUGAAGAUGAAGUGAUUCCUGACCUUUUCAACCACUUGAACCCCUCUUAUCUUGCAGAUUUGGGAGUUCAAUUUAAUUCUUUGAGUACUGAGAGUAUAUCUAGAUCGAAAUUUCUGAGACGACAAGCCGGAUAUCAUCUGAAGCAUAGUUCCUAUUCAGAAGUUUUUGAAAAGCCAGAGAUCAUCAGGUUAUUGAUCGGACUGAAAUUCAGCAAGUCAAAUGUCCUUUUUGACAGCAAUGAUCCAUCUCUCAUCGAUCAUGUGCAAAAGCUGAAGAGUAUUGAAUGUAUUGCACACUCACCUGAAUCUCUUAAUGGCGGACUCUAUUGCCUUGGGGGAGCAAGCUUUCUUUUGGCUCUCAUAGAAUCUAUUUCGAGUGACAUCAAUCUUGAAAGCUCACAGCGAGAUGAGCUCACCUUCAAAGCAGUAGAGUUCAUUCUUGAAUGCUUGAAGAAUAGCUGGAGAAUUUACAAAGAAUUCGAGAAGAAUGAUGGAUUUUGUAUACUCACGCUUCUAUUGAAGCAAUACAAACAGCAAUUUAACAGGCGUCUCGCUUUUGAAGGGAGUUUAUUGGAGGUGUUCGAGAGCUUCUCGGGGUUCUCUAUUCAAAACAGAGAUGGCUUCAUCAAGGACUCUUUGGCGUUCAAGUAUUUGGUGCUCGACUUUCAACUUUAUGAUGGAUCAGUUGACCAAGAACUUUUGAAAGAUUCUAUUGUUGAGAUGGUCAGAUCUACAAAUCACAAGAGUCAUAAUCUAAGAGUGCUUUCCAAGCUCAAGCUUCUAAGGCGUCUCGUUCAUUAUAUGGAAUUUAAGCUUCUCAACAGACUGGCUACUGAUAAGGAAAUCGACGACUUCACUGCGAUCCUUUCUGCCAUCUUACGUACUGAUAUUUCCCUCGAUACGAUAAGAUCUUUCUCAUAUUUUAUCAUUUUUGCUUUAUACAGAAAUGAAGAGAAUGGACUUACAUCAAGAAAAAUAGGCUUUGCUGCCUUGGAGUCACUUUCUAGACAGCUAUGCGAUCCUGGAUCAUCGACCAAACAAUUAAAGAAAUUUUCUAGAGCACUCACUAUACAUUGGCUUCUUCUUUUACUCAGUACCAAGUCUGCUGAUGAUGAACAAGAAGCCAAAGCAUUCGACAAAAAAAUUGUUUACCAUGGUUUGAUACUUCUUAUCCGCCUCUUGAGGAUCUUAGGACCCAGAAUUCUGAAGCGUUUCUUUCACAAUAGUCGCGGACUUGACGUCUUGACUAAUACCCUCAAAAGUUGGUGGAGUGAUGAUAAAAUAAUAAGCCUCAUAUUUUUAGCAAGUUUUGGUUUGGAUGGGUUGUGCGAGAAUUAUACUACAUCUACUCUUCCACAAUACCUAGAGCUUGAUAAAGUCAGAGUCAUCAAAAAGCUUGUCGCACCUGAGUUCAUGCUAUUGUUGAAUAACAUGGCACUCAGUGCCGUUUAUGAUUUGAGUGUUAGACAAGGAAAGGUUCUCAGCGUCCCAAAUUCUCCUUUAAGAUCACAGCGAAAGAAGCUGCAAGAAGAUGAGCAAUUUGCUAUCACCUUCAACGCAAUACAUCUCAUCAAUCAAUAUAUUGAGGUAAUCAAGAUUGGAUUCAGAGAUUCUCCUGCUCUUGCCUCCCACUUCACAAGCAAGGAUUGGUUAGAAGGCAUUAUAGAGUUGCAAGGUCACCUCAAGUUAUCGAUAGAGUGGCCUAACUCCACCUUUACCAAAAGUUUUAAGAGCUCUUUGGAGAAUUUGACAACUGCUUUAAGCGAGAUAUUUAUUUCUAAGCUCGCUGAAGUCAGACAAAUCUUCAAUAUUUUGGAAGCUGUUAAUGAGAGCACUUUAAAGAUGAUCCUUGACUCAAUCUUUCCAAGAAUAUUUCGACAUUUCAAUCAAUUUUUUCUUACAUCCGACAUUAUACAAAGAGAGGAAAGUUAUUUAGAUGGGAUGUCAGAGCUCUUGUUAUUUUACUUCGAACACUUCAUCGACCUAAAUUACUAUGCAAGUGAUCAGGACAUGGACACUUUCAUCAAUGCUGCUUUAAAUGUUCUUGAGAGUAACCAAGUUUCAAAGCGACGCCAGAGCAGUCAGCAGAGGUUGAAGCUGAUCACAGGUCAAAUGAUGGUUUUUAAGCUUUCUAAAUUGCCCUACCACUUUUCUGAUGCAUCUGACAGUACGGUAGAAGACGAGCGCAAAGAACAGCUUGACGAGGUAGUGAAGUUCCUACUCUACAAGCAAAUCAUUUUUCUAGACGAAGAAGUCUUGAAUAACACUCUUUUAGCUCAAGUGUUUGAGAUGUUGAUGGUGCUGUUUACGAAGUUGAAACCUUCAAAGCAAACUGAAAUUGGUGAACAUUUCAUCAACUUCUUGAGAGCAGCAUACAUAAUGCGUGAGGGAACUUUCAGCAGUGUGAUUGACCAGCUUACAAGUGCCUCGGAUUACACUAACUCUGGUAAUCUCAUUCAGCAAUUUCUCGACAUCUUGGUAUCGCGAAAUGACGAAGAUAUCAUCAAGCACAUCCAGCGGUAUCCGGCGAUCAAGCACAUUUUUGCCAAAAACCUUCAUUUUAGAAUGAGCAAGCUCAAGGAUGUGGGCAAGAUUUCUGUGCUCGAAAUGAUCAGAGUGAUGCUCAAUAACGGUGGUCGCCUUGGAUACAUGGACACCGUCUACAUCAAGACUUUCGAAAGGGAUUGUGAAAAGUUAAGGGUUAAAAUCAUCAAUGAGGAAUUGACAAAUCAUCUACGCGAAUUGCAAGACAUCGAUGAUAACAAUAAAUAUUAUUCCACCUCAUUUUCUGCCAUGAGGAGCGAAGUUGCCCGACUCUUCUUUGAAGAACUGAUUCUUGAGCAAAGCUACAUGCUCGACUACAUCGAAGGUACCGAUAGAAUGAGAAAGCUUUUAGUCAUCGAAAACCAGUUAGCGGAUAGCGACAAGCUCUCAUAUUCGAUCGAUAUUCCAGUCAAGAAGAUGAAGACUGUGGAAAUGAACACGAGCGACUUUGAGAGCUACGAGUACGCCAUCUCCCAAGCGAACGUUGGCGAGCUUAGUCUUGUGGAUGCACCGGAAGAGGAUUUUGAGGAGAUUGAAGCUCCUUCAGAGAACAAUGGAACCGAGACGACAGAGUUCGAUGAUAGAAAUCGAAGAGUUCUCCGCAGUUUGUUCUUGGGAGAUCACAUCCAGAAUGUCUGGAAUAUCUCCAGAAUUAAUGGUCUUGAGAUAAUAGAGAGCUUGAUGAUUCUAGGAAAUACCCAUCUUUACCUCAUUGAGAAUUACUUCCAUUGUGAGGAAGGAAACGUAAUUGAGGCUACGGAUGCGCCACUUGAGCUCAGGGAUCCGUAUCUUCAACUAAUCAAUGACCAGUCAGCACUCACAAAUAGCACUAAAGCAAAACCACAUCGCACGAAGAGCUGGUCUAUCGAAAGUUUGAGUUCAAUCACAAAGAGAAAAUUCUUGCUUCGAGACAUUGCGCUUGAAAUGUUCUUUAGUGAUGGUGCCAGCAUCUUGAUUACCUGUCUCUCGACCAAGGUGAGAAAUGUUAUUCACAGUAAACUUCAGCCGUAUGCAUCAGGAAGAGGCUUGGAUAAGGAGUUGGCUAUUACAUUGGAGCAGUCGUCUCACAUGUCGCAUAGCAACUCUCGGUCCUCCAACACCUCAUUGACUUCAAGACUCACAUCGGCAUUUACUCACAAUUUCAAUGCCACAGGCUCAGGUAUUGCCAGCGCCACUAAAAAAUGGCAGCAAGGGGAGAUGUCAAACUUCUAUUAUUUGAUGAUUGUCAAUACCUUGGCAGGUCGCACAUUCAAUGAUUUGACUCAAUACCCAGUUUUUCCUUGGGUUUUGGCGGAUUACGACAGCGAGGAAAUAGAUCUAUCUGAUCCCAGAGUAUACCGUGAUUUGGCGAAGCCAAUGGGAGCACAAACACCAUCUCGUGCACAGCAAUUUGCAGAGAGAUAUGAAGCCCUUGAAAGCUUGGAUGAUCCACGCUCCCCACCCUUCCACUAUGGUACUCACUAUUCAUCGGCGAUGAUCGUAUCUUCAUACAUGAUACGCUUGAAGCCAUACGUGCAAUCGUAUCUACUUCUUCAAGGUGGGAAAUUUGACCAUUCCGAUCGCCUAUUCUACUCGAUUCAGAAGGCAUGGCUCUCAGCAUCCCAAGACAACACUACAGAUGUACGGGAAUUGACUCCUGAAUUUUUUUAUCUUCCAGACUUCCUCGAAAAUCAGAAUAACUUUGAGUUUGGCAUAUUGCAAAAUGGAAAGGUUGUCAACGAUGUCGAACUUCCGAAGUGGGCUAAAGGAGAUCCAAAGAUUUUUGUGUCCCGAAACCGAGAGGCCUUGGAAAGCCCAUAUGUUUCUGCGAAUUUGCAUAAGUGGAUAGACUUGAUCUUUGGGUAUAAACAAACUGGCGAGGAAGCAGUGGAGUCCCUCAACGUGUUUCACCACCUGUCAUACGAUGGAGCAGUAAAUUUGGACGAUGUUGUUGAUGAUGUCGAGAGGAGAGCGGUGAUUGGAAUGAUCAAUAAUUUUGGCCAAACACCUAUUCGGAUAUUCAACAAACCACACGCAAAACGAGAAGUUUUGAACAAUCCAGAUCUGUAUUUGCAAGUGUUAACACAGGGCGCACAUGCAAACACGACGUUCGAGUCUAAACUCAACAUGCCUAUCGAGAAGCUCGAAAUCAGUGGUAAGACGAAAAAGUGGAUUGGCCGGCCCUCAUGUGUGUCUUCGGAAGACGAACUCUUGAUUCGCAAGCCGCUGCUGCACAUUCUGAAAGUCGGCAGCGGACUGCUUAUCAUCAACACUUCCCUUUUCAUGAACCUACACCUGAGCAACAUCACUGCGCUUGUACAAUUGAGCGGCAAAGUUUUCGUCACUGGAGCUCAAGACGGUGUCAUUCUGGUGUGGAAGUAUUUUGCCAAAUCCCUGCCUACAGUGAGAUUUCAGUAUAUUCUUCGUGGGCAUGAAAGCGAGAUUCGGACAAUUAAGUACAGCAAAACAUUCAAAGUUGGAGUCAGUCUUGACGAAGAGGAGAAUGUGAUAAUGUGGGACUUCACCAGGUUCAUGUUUGUACGGAAGCUUCGUUCCAGCUCGAACAAAAAAAGUGCCUCCCCCAUACACAUUGCCAUCUCAAAUGAUACCGGGAAUAUCACCAUCGCCAGCAGCAGUCGAUACGCCAACAUUGUUGAUAUCUACACUAUCAAUGGGUCGCUCAUCAUGCAGAAGCAGUUGGAGCCUGGUAAAAUUACUGCUGCCGCUUUUGCUAGUCUCAACGGAACACAAGUAAGCUCAAACGAUGUACGUCAUGCUUACUGGAAUCAUGAAAUUGUGGCAGUCGCUUACGAAACCCCCAAAAAGAUGCUACAGUUUUAUGAGCUCGACUGUGAUAGCAAUGGCUGGAAACUCCAGAUUCUACAAAGUGUGCGUCUCGAGGAGCAAGUCUCGGGAGCUGUGACUGCAUUGGAAGUGUUCAAGAGAGUUGAAAUUGAUAAGCAUGACAAGCUUUGUCGAGGUCUGCUUGCCGCUGUGCUUGGUGACAGUCAAGGAAAGGUGUACGUCAUUGCCGAGGCAUGA